GCGGCCUUUGAUUUUCCCGUAAUUGACAAAUACUCCGGCAUCCGAUGGUAGAGAAGCGCCGAAAUUGCCCGAAGUUGUCCUAUUUUUGUAAGGCUAAAAAUAGUGUAGCCAUGACGAUCAUAUCUGACCCGUAUAGAUUUAUAUUUUGAUGUCUGCAAGGAGCUGCUUGAUUGAGGCACUUUGAAGGUGUAGGAGAUCUCCUACAGGAGUCCUUAGCGACAUCCAUGGAGCCAGCAACCGUGAGCAUGAAAUGACUUAUUCACUGUCGGGACCUCACGCCUUAUGUGUGAUAAUAAAAUCAGCUCAUUUCUCCACCUUGCAAUCUCUGUUAUGCCACACCCAGGGCUUCUAGACCACCAAAAUGGCUCAUAAUAUCACCAAGAAGUUUUCAAACCUGAGUUUAUCUCUUCGAGGUAGUCAUCGACGAAUCGCAAAUGAUGACUACGAAGACGUCCGCAGAAAAGUCCUGGGAGGCCUCGGUGACCUAUAUGCCAUGGUUUUGACAAGUGGCGAUGAAUAUGUCACUACGUCGGGUUCUAGUGAUUUUCACGUUCAAUAUGAAGACCUGAUCCUUGAAGAUGUCGAUGGUCAGUUGACAGCUGAUAGACGACGCUUUUUCCUCCCGUGUUCCUACCGGUUUUUGGAAGAACACCCAGUUAUAACAACAGGUACCGGUGCUAUGGAGGAAACAAGAGUACACGAGAAGGUCUUGGUAUCCUCAGAUGAACUCAAAAACCAUCCUAUCAAGAAUGCCAGAUUCCUCUGCACGUGGCUGGGUUUGAACUUCUCCGAGUCCUGGCGAGCGAACGGUAAAAAGCUCACCAGCCUGAUGGAGUUAACAAAGUGGUGGCCAACUGACUUCGCGGGCUUAGUUGACGAAGAAUUCAAAGACGCAGUUCUUCAAGACAGGACACCUAUGGAGGCGUGGCAUAUUCUCGGGGAUUAUCCGCAUCUGAUGCUUACAGUAGCGCAUAAAUCUGAUGGCCGUCGUGAAUACUUGCUACGAGGGGAGUUGCUUACAAUCGCUGCGGUAAUGAUAAGCCGGCUCAGAUCCCAGCGCUUUGCACAGCAUACUGUCAUUCCAGUAAUGCUCUUUUCCUUUAUGGGAGAAAAGAAGGGCAGAAUUAUACAAGCCCAUACAAACAGCCGAGCGCUCGUCAUACGGAAGAGUAAGCUCUACGACUUUUCAACAGUAGAUAAUUUCAGGAAGUUCACCACACUCUUCUUGCGUUACAUGACAUGUGAUGCAAUUGGUAAUACGCGGGAAAUAUGCUAGACUGUCCAUAUCGUAGCAAUACAACUGCCGCACAUUUGAUAGCAAUAAAGAGAGAUAUCAUAAGAAAAAACCUGUUUCGACUCUAGACCCUUGAAGUAAUCAUGGUCCCUUUGGGAGAAAUCCGUAAAG